UCAGGAAGUAAAAGUAAUGGAAUCUUUUAUAGAUUUCAUUGAAACUAAAGACAAAACUGCUGAAGGUAUUUCAAAAAUGAUUUUGGACAAGAUUCAAGCUGAUGGCCUAGAUAUAAGCAACUGUAGAGGCCAAGCAUAUGAUAAUGCUGCUGUUAUGGCUGGAAAGUAUUCAGGAGUUCAGCAAAGAAUUAAAGAAAUAAACCCUAAAGCUGAAUUCGUACCUUGCUCAAAUCAUUCUUUAAAUCUAGUUUGUUUACACGCUGCCUCAGUUGAGGUGGAUUCAGUAACUUUUUUCGGCACUUUAGAACGUUGCUAUUCUUUUUUUUCCUCAUCAACACAUCGUUGGGAAGUUCUGAUAGCAGCUACCGGCAAAAGCUUAAAAAGGGUUCAAGAAACGCGAUGGAGUGCAAGAGGCGAUGCCGUAAAUGUGACAUGGCAUCAUUACAAAGACAUUCUCGUCACUUUGGAAACACUGACAGAGGUAGGUGAAAGCUUCAACACUAGGACAGAUGCAGGUGCUUUACUAGUUUCGAUGCAGUCAUUUUCCUUUCUUUGUUUUUUGGGCCUGUGGCAACCAGUGCUACAUGAAGUCAAUGAUGCACAAAAAUAUUUGCAAACAAGAGGACUUGACAUUAGAUUGUGCGCUCAGAAACUAAGUGCUUUGUUGAUUAUAUUGACAGAGAAAAGAGAGGAAUGGGCAAAUGGUGCUGUAAGUUAUGCAAAAAAUAUUUGUGAAGAGCUAGGAAUUUCAAUAAAACCUCGGAGACGCAUAACAAGAAAACAUAUUUUUGACGACGGAACUAGAAAUGCGAACUUGUCUUGGGAAAAUGAGUUGAAAAGAAAGCUAUUUUCUUCGUUAGAUAGAGUUAUUGCAGAAAUUCAUGAGCGUUUUCAACAGCUACAGAAUUUAACGGAUAAGUUCGCCUAUCUAAUGCCGGCUGUAUUAUUAGAUCCAAACACUGAAUGUAAUCUAGCCGACGCAUCUGACGAAAUUGACGAGCAGGAUUUCAAGCUGGAAAGACUUAGACUGCGGACUUUCGUUGCUGCUACAGGCAACGAAAAUGAAUUGAUUAAUGCAGACUCACUGGAAUUAUUUAAAUUUAUUGUAAAAUCUAAGCUAGAAGAUACUCUGCCCAAUAUUUUAAUAAUGUUUAGAAUAUUUUUCACAGUUGCUAUAAGCAAUGCCAGCUGUGAAAGAAGUUUUUCGAAAUUAAAAUUGAUAAAUAAAUAUUUAAGAUCGACAAUGAGUAGUCUAAGACUAACUAAUUUGGCUAUUUUGUCUAUAGAGCAAGAGGUGUGUGAUGCGAUAGACAUUGACGGUGCAAUAAAAGAAUUUGCUCUUAAAAAAAGUAGACAUAUAAAUUUUUAAUUGACGUCAGAAGAAGUUUUAUUUUUAAUUCUAAGAAAUACUCGUACUGCUUUUCUAUAAACAUAAAAAUAUUACAUUAUAGUGUCGUUCUAGUUCUAAUUAAAAAUUGAUUUUAUUCAAUCUUGUCGAUCGUCAAGGUGUAUUGAAUAUACCUAAGUUAUUUCAAUGUGUAUCAAUGGUUAAAGUAUAAUAUUUUUUGUAUUAAUAAAUGUGAUUGUAAAACUUAGAUAAACUUUUUUUUGCUCUCCGGGCGAUAACUGUCAACUUUCGUCCCGCUGCGCUUUGAAUUUUUGUAUUCUUUCCUCGGGAAGUAAAGUAAGAAAGCCUCUGAUCUGAGACUUUUCUUACUUUCCUUACCUAGGGAGGAAAUAUACUAUUAUUUAAAAUCCAACCUGUAUAAUGCAAAUUGAUGAUGUCUGAUCUCGCCGAAAAGUUCUGUAUUAAUGAAUGUAAUGUAUAGUAAACAUUAAAUUAAAAACCUAAAUAGGUAAGGGGGCGGCAAAAUUUUCUUCCGCCCCGGGCGGCCGACACUCAUGCUACGCCACUGACCCCGGUAUCCUUUUACGUUGUCCGCAGCUCCGGAUCGGGCAUCAGCCCUACUGGGCCCCAUCUGUGGUGGUCUGGCUCUUUGAGGCGCGCGCGGAAUGCGACGCGCCGCCGUACGCACGGGUCUGGUUCUGUUCGGGCGGCGAGCUACCCUUGCUCGCCGCAGACCUGCACUUACGGUGGCCGGAGAUCGUCACGCGAUCCCCGACGCCCGGAGUGUCUUCUGCGGCGGCUGGGGCGUGAGGAGGAUCGUUCCCUCACGCGCUCCGCCUCCUCCUUAGCUAGCAUUCCCAAGCAAGCCUUGGACUGGAAUCUCCAAGGUAAAAGGAAGCGUGGCCGUCCUGGCCAAACCUGGCGGCCUACAUCGAUAGCAGAAGCAGCGGGCAUAGGAAUAACGUGGAGCGAGGUGAAGCGGGAAAUUCAAGACCGAUCGAGAUGGAGAACCUCUUCGAACGAUAUAUCAAUAUGAUAUAGUUCGUUACGGGUCCAUACGACUAUACAGGGCUCACACAAUUUCUCUCUGACGAGGUGGCGAGGCGGCUCACUCAUGA